UUUCAUUAGGGCUGAAGCGUUCACGAACAUUCCUCAUUGCUUUUACAUUUGUUUUCUUUUACGCCUCAUCGCCUAUUGAAAGUUGCGCUGGGUUUCUAUCAAGUUAUUAGCUCGUCCCAUUGUUUGUCAGCGCGUUCAUCAGUGUACAGGUCGACUUGUAAGAGUCGUCAUUAUUCAACAGUGGGCAUGGGGGAGAUGUUUACGGGCGAGUCUCCCCGCACGUUUGCCAUGCAGAGUGCUGGGAACGGAUUUCCUCUCUUCCCGAAACGUCCCGAAUUGGAUGACGUGGGAUCUUCUAGUGAAAGUGCAGAAGCGAACGUUUUGUCAUGCUUGCGACUGGUUUUAACUCUUGCUGAUGAACUAUCUCGCUACAACAUUGAAAACAUCCGGACAGUCAAAUUCCGGUACUUUGAUACACCCGGCGCGUUGCAGAGUCUGGAAACGGUCGCUCUCUUUUGUAAAGAGCUGGAUGCGGCGUUACGGAACUCGUUGGUUUCGCCCCCAGAUAGUCCAGAUAGUCCACAUAUUUCUUCGAAAGGGAAAGAGCCAAUCACAUCGGGCACCGUCGGAGCUGAGGCCGGAAUAGAUGAUGUCGUGGGGAGACGGUCAGCCGGACCAGAGCUUUCGGUCGUAUCGUCCGUGCCGUUCCCCCGUCCUGAGUAUUUAUCCGCGCACGAGCAGGUCAAUGCACCGUCAUCUUCCUCACUAUCUUUAGUGGAGCCUCCUCUUUCAAGCGAAAUGGAGCUUAGUCAAGAGGGGGUCUACAGGUGCUACACUGAGGUGGUUGCGGAUCCGUCAGACGACAUGGCAAUCAACAUAAAAUUGAUGGAUCGCGUACGGGUAGAUAUCCGUAUGGAGGACGGCGUCACUGGCAUCGGAACGAAUCUGAAUACAGGUGCUAUGGGAUCUUUCCCAUUGAGUUGUUUGGAGGUGCCGAGUGACGUGGACACGAGAGAUUGGAAGCGAAGUGGGACAUUGGCAUCUUCGGUUCUCAGUGGAAAUACUUCCGUGUCUUCAGAGUUGGCGGGCGGUGCACUGCGCGGGUACGCAGAUGCACAUAUGCCGCCACAUGUUGUUACGCAAAACUUUGUUCUCUCGCCUGUGCCAGAGGACAGACCAAGGGUCCGCAGAGAGUCCGAGCCAUUGGUAUCACGGUUCAAUUCGGAGGAUAACCAAGUGAUGAAUGGGGUGAGCGAGUCAUCAAGGCCACCUCAGCGUUCCGACUCGCUACAGCAAAGAUUGGAAGCAUUGUACCAGUACCAACAUGUACCAAGCGAAGCUGUUUCGGAACCGUUACCGCAACCCACGCAACAUCAAAUUCCUAUGCGGGUAGCUUCUGUGCAACCACGUCCACAGCAAGCUUCAGGGCCACCGGUGCCUGCAAAAGACCAUCCGUCAGCUGAACCCUCGACAGCACCAGCGAUGAUCCAUGUACCUGGACCAUCCAGACCCGGACUUACCCGGGCAGCGACAAAGCCUCUUUCGGCUCAAGUAAUUGAGAAACGCAAAUUCGCUCGUCAAGUCAUUGCCGAACUAUAUGAGACAGAAAAGAACUUUAUGGAGGGAAUGGAAGUACUGAUAAAUCAAUUCAUGUACCCUCUCGCCCACGCAUCCUCGAGCGAAGAAACGACUAUCACCAAGGUUGAGCAUUCCACACUGUUUCGUAAUAUUCCCGGGUUGCGAAAUUUGAGCAGGAAGAUUUGCGAGUUGUUGAAGGCAGCUAUGGCUAAGGCGGAGGCAGAUGAGGAAGGCGACGUGGGAGGAGGCGCUGUAGCAGCUGUCGUCAAUGUGUUUUUGGUGAAUGUAGAGUUUGAGGAAUGGUCGACAUACGUGCGGUACAUGGAAGGGUACUCACAUGCGAAGCAGACAUUUGCACAACUGAAGGAGCGUCCAGAGUUUAGCGAAGUACUUGAUAAACUCGAGAGUGCAAAGGAAUGCAAUCGAUAUACGUUUGAACACUAUAUGAUCCUACCGGUGCAGCGAAUCGGGCGGUAUCACUUACUGUUGGGCAGACUCAAGAAGGUGACGGACGAAGAAGAUCCAGUUCACCAGUCUAUUGAAACAGCAGAACAGUAUAUGAAGCAAAUCGGGGAUGUACUGGAAAGUGUUCAAAAGCAGGAGGAAGAGCUCCGUAGAGUGUUUGAAGUGUAUGAAGCGAUUGAGGGAUGUCCGCCGGAUAUCAUCUCAGCAUCUCGCCGUCGUUUGCUGUCAUCUUUCGAGGUUGAUGAGCUCUUUUCCGGGCGCAAACUCCACAUGCACGUCUUUAGCGACUGUUUCUUGCUGUCAACCCGCAAUCGCUCUACGUCAUCUGCAUCCCUACAGCACACGGUAUCCUCAGCAGCUUCGCUUGCCAAUACCUGGAAAAAUCGGAAUAAAGAUAAAGACAAGGACAGAAGCAGGAAAGAAAAUCAAAAAGAGUUUACAUUUGUUGCUCGUGUUGAAUUGCGCGAUGUCGAAGUUCAAAGCGUUGGAAAUGUUGAGGAUGGACUUGCUGGGUUCCCAGAGCUAUCCCCAUAUCUACAAUUGAGCGGUGGAAAUAGUGGACGUGUUGCGGUAUUACGACAUAUACCCGGCGGUGGAACGUUUGAAAGACACUCAAAAAUCGUUGGUCUACCUUUGAUCUCAGCCACCGACCAUGAGCGAAUUCCUGUCCCUCCUUCCCACCGCCGGAGCAUAGACUCCUCCUCUUCGUCUCUCUCCUCACCCUCCUCACCAUCGAACCUCUCCCGCCAUCCGUCCACCUCGUCUGGCGGAUCAACUUUUGGUCACAUGAACCUUAGCCGUCGAGGUACAGCGAAGAGCAUGAACGGCAUCAUUGGCCGACCCAGCAUGGACCAAGACAGUCAAAGAGGAGACCAAGAUUUAUAUGCGUUCAGAGUCCCCGAUUCCACAAGAAUGGCCGGGUUGUUGGCUGCACUUGGAUUGGCUGGCGUACAAAGACCCUGAAAAGAGAAAGUGUAUUAAAUGCAACAUUUCCUACAUGUAUAUAGCUGUUACUUUUGUCUUUAUGAAAUGUGUUUUGGAGCGGAAAGGAGAAAACAAGAAAGUGAAUACAUUUAUAUGUUUUUACAAAAAUGGUUUGGGA